AUGCGGCGACAACGCCGUUCUAGCAGUGGUGCUUCCACCAAGGCGGCCGCUCCCAUCCCGGAGGCCGUCUCGCUGAUACACUCUUUCAAUUCGGCCAUGAACCCGAACCGCCCGGCUCGUCCGUCGCCUUUGGCCUCCUCGCAGAUCCAGGGCAUGCCGCUGGAUCUGAUUGACCGCAUUCGCAACUUCCCUUUGUUCCAAGCGACCCCCGAGUCCUUCCUCGCAGAGGUAGGCUUGCAUCUUCGCCCACAGCUGCAUGCUGCCAACGACUACAUCGUGACCGAGGGCGAUGACGCCAAGGCCAUGUAUUGGCUGGUCCGGGGUGCCGUCUCUGUCACAUCCCGCGACGGCGAGAGUGUCCAUGCAGAGCUAAAGCCGGGUGCCUUUUUCGGUGAAAUCGGCGUGCUCAUGGACCGACCACGCACAGCGACCAUCAUUGCGCGCACUCGGUGCCUGCUCGUCGUCCUCACCAAGGAGGACUUCCGCAAAAUCUUGCCCCGGUUUCCCGACGUCGAGCGGGCCAUUCGAGAAGAGGCCCUGGAGCGCUUGAUGAUCCUCGAAAAGAAAAAUGGAGAUCCAUCGUCGAAAACCACGGGGCCCAAUCGAAGAGGCUCCAAGAGACUACGCGACAGCACUUCUGGGAAUCUCUCGCCAGGAGAAGAGAACGAUUUGCGAACGAUGAACAUUCAUAAGAAGCGGAAAUCGCCCAGUCCCGGCAUAGCUGACAUCUCUUCGAGUGUGUUGGCAAAUGGCUUGGUCAAUGUGCGUCUGCUGCUGAAGGAAAUGCCUCUAUUCUCGGGUCUGCCGCCAGAUCUUCUACACUUUCUCGGUCUCAAACUCCAGCCGCUAUCCUAUCCGCCCUUCACCGAUAUCAUCCGACAGGAUACCCUCGGCCGUGAAAUCUACUUCAUUGUUCGAGGCGAAGUUGAGGUCCUCAACGAGAACCAGGAUCCCGAAAAUCCUCGAAGAGGGUCAGAUGACCAGGGUGGUCGUGGCGUUCAAGUCAAGGCACGUUUGCGACAAGGCCAAUACUUUGGUGAGAUUGUUAGUUUGUCCUUGACACCUCGUCGAACCGCCACUGUGAGGUCAGUGACCUCAGUCGAAUGUUUGAUGCUGAGUGGUGACGUUUUGGUCGAAUUCUGGGAAAAAUGUCCAGAUGACUUACGAAAACAAAUCGAGAAUACAGCAAAGAGUCGACUUGGAUCUGCUGGGGAUAAUGAUAUUCUCAUGCCUGAUGCCAAAGAUCCAACGCCCCCCAUGAACCAGUUAACCAUCAACGACAAGCUCAAACUCACUAGCCUUCGACGUAAGUCUAUGCCAAUGGUGACCUUGACGGAAUCUGAAUUAGACACUACUCCCCUCAAACCGGCUGGCGCUGCAGAUUCCCCCGUUCUAAGUCCUUCUGACCCCGAUCCUUUCCUAAACGUUGGUCUCGACAACGUUAAACUUCGUCGAGGCUCCGCCGGGUUUAUCUAUCCAAAGGAGUCUUCGAGUGCAGAUAGCACCCGGCAGCCAACACCUACUGGAUCACGUCGCAGUUCUCUUGCUCAUGUGUCGCGCCCAAAGCCAGCUCCUUCCAGAGCACGAUCAGCUACUCUGCUCGAGCGCUCCGAGCCAGGAAACCGUGGCUUUUUGCCAGACAAUGUGCUUCUACGUGUGUUCCAGCUCCUAGACUUACAUGAGUUAUUACGGUUGCGGGCUGUGUCGGUCCAUUGGUCUGAGACCCUAACCAAUUCACCCACUCUCUGCCAAUUUUUAGACCUCAGUUUCUACAACCGCAAAGUGACAGACCAUGCGCUAUCAACGGUCAUAUGCCCUUUCGUCCGAGACAGACCCCGUUAUAUUGAUAUUAACAAUUGUUUCCAUAUCACGGACGAGGGUUUCAGUAUGUUAGCAAAGACCUGCGGUCACAACGUUCGAGCGUGGAAGAUGAAGAGCGUGUGGGAUGUCACGGCAAGUGCAAUUCUGGAAAUGGCAAAUAGGGCAACAGAGCUUCAAGAAGUGGACCUGAGCAAUUGUAGGAAAGUGAGCGAUACCCUUUUGGCGAGGCUUGUUGGGUGGACAGUUCCAGCGGCAUCACUUGCCCAUCAUAACCAAGUCAUGCGAAGCAGCAUAAAACCGACCUUGCAGACGGCAAACGGUGCAGUUUAUGGUUGUCCGCAACUGAAACGGUUAACCUUGUCAUACUGCAAACAUGUCACAGACCGCUCAAUGCACCACAUUGCUUCGCAUGCUGCUUCGCGUAUUGAGCAAGUCGACCUCACCAGAUGUACAACCAUUACCGAUCAAGGGUUCCAGUACUGGGGCAAUGCGCAGUUCACAAGAUUACGAAAACUUUGCCUAGCUGAUUGCACUUAUUUAACGGACCACGCCAUCGUCUGUUUGACAAAUGCUGCUAAAAAUCUACAGGAAUUAGACCUGUCGUUUUGCUGCGCCUUGUCAGAUACCGCUACUGAAGUCCUCGCCCUCCAGUGCCCCCAGCUUUUGAAGCUGAAUAUGUCAUUUUGUGGGUCUGCUGUAUCAGACCCUUCGCUCAGAAGCCUAAGUCUGCAUCUUUUGCUUCUGCAAGAAUUGUCGGUUCGCGGCUGCGUACGUGUAACAGGUAUUGGGGUGGAGGCCGUUGCAGAUGGCUGCCAGAACCUCAACUAUCUCAAUGUCAGCCAGUGCAAAAACCUCACUCCUUGGCUGGAGCACGGCGGUCAAACCCGAUAUCAAAAGAAGAUCCAUUUCGAGACUGUUACCAGAGACGGUAGCCUGUUCCGAUGA